AUGAAACAACGACUGCUGCAGGAAAGUAAUCGUGCAGACAGGGGAGACGACCAAGACAGCAACAGAAGGCGAACCAACACUCCGGAGGAAGCAAGCUCGGAUCUUUUAAGAGAGAUGAGGAAAGAGAUGGACGAACUAAGAAACGCCAUCAAAGGAAAGACGGACCAAAGCUUGGAGAGAAUCGUCCGGAAGACGGAUUCACCCUUUACCAUAGUCGUCCAGGAGUGCCCCGUACCCUCCAAGUUUUGUCUACCCCAGCUGGAACCUUUCGACGGGUUGAAAGACCCCUUGGAUCACCUAAACACCUUCAGGAUGACCCUAGGCCUCCAACAACUACCUGACGAGAUCCUGUGUCGCUCAUUCCCUACGACCCUCAAAGGAGCAGCCAGGGAAUGGUUCAACAAGUUGCCAACAUCGUCCAUUGACAAUUUCGAGCAGUUGAGCAGUUCCUUUGUCCGUCAUUUCGUAGGCGGGCAACGACCAAAGAGAACUGCCAAUCACCUGCUUACCAUCAGACAAGGAGAGAAGGAACCGCUGAGGUCUUAUGUGACACGUUUCACCCGAGGAAUGCUGGAAAUAGAUGAGAUAGAUGACAAGGUACAUCUCACGACCUUCAAAGCAGGAUUGAAGUCCAGGGAUUUUGUGGCAUCCUUGGCAAAGAACCCCCCUAAGACGAUGGCUGAGGCACUGUUGAAAGCUCAGAAGUACAUGAACGCGGAAGAAGCCCUGGCAGCUAUUGACGGAGCAGAUAAGAGUAGGGAAAAGAAGAAAGAAAAGGAGGAUGAUCGAAGAGGGCUAAAACGAGAUCGGGCUGACAGACGGAAUGACGAUGGAAAUCGAAGAAGGGAGGACAAAAACCCUCGUCCAUCAAAAUUCACCCCGCUGGUGAUGCCAGUCGAUCAAAUUUUAACAGAAAUAAGGGACGAACCGUCCCUAAAGUGGCCGAAACCACUCCAUUCAGCACUUGGAUUGCGCGAUAAGAGGAAAUACUGCCGUUUCCACAAAGAUCACGGGCAUUAUACAGAGGACUGCAGGGAUCUAAAAGAACAAAUUGAGGAGCUCAUCCGUAAUGGGAAGCUACAACAGUAUGUAAAAAGGGGGGAUUUCGGCAGGUACGGACAGAAAAGCCAGCCAGCUAAUACACGGAGAGACGAAGAUCGCCCCCAACCUCGUCCACAAAGCGCACUAGGGGAAAUAAAAACCAUUGCUGGGGGACUAACCAUCGGGGGGUCAUUCAAGUCUCUUAGGAAAUCAUACCAAAGACAGGUAAACAGCGUCCACAGUGUACCUCCAUCAAAGCAAAGACACACUAGUGAGGACUUGCAUUUCUCUGAGGAAGAUGCCAGAUGUGUGAAGCAACCCUAUGAUGACCCACUCGUUAUUAUGAUCAUGAUCGAGGGGUUCAACACGCGAAGAGUCUUGGUCGACAGCGGAAGUUCAGCAGACAUAAUCUAUCUUCCUGCUUUCCAACAACUGAAGCUGGACCCAAAAAGGCUCCGUCCUUUUGAGUCUCCCCUCGUCAGUUUCAGCGGAGACAAAGUAUACCCCAGAGGAAUCGUGGCUUUGACAGUAACGGUCGGGUCAUACCCCCUUCAGGUAACCAAUCAGCACAAUUGUUUGAUAGUAGACUCACCCUCGUCCUACAAUGUGCUCAUAGGGAGACCAAUGCUUAAUCGCUGGAAGGCUGCUAUCUCCACCUACUGCUUAAAGGUGAAGUUCCCAACAGAACAUGGUGUCGGGGAGAUUAAAGGAGAUCAAGUACUGGCAAGAGAAUGCUACCAUGCCGUCUUGGCCUCAAAAGAAAACCACACGUGGACGAUUGAAGAGAAGACACCAGAGAUUAUGGAGAAACUUGAAACGGUAGAGCUGGCCUAA